CAAAACUCUAUGCGUGACCCGGGUGCGCAUUUGAAUCAUGUCGCGGUCACCAUAGGCUCGGCAAAGUAUUGCUUUACACGAUGAAAAUUUUAACGUGGAAUAUCAAUGGCAUCAGGGCCAGCAAACAACCUGUUAAGCAGAUUUUAGAUUCUCUAGACGCUGACAUCGUGUGUCUGCAGGAGACAAAAGUAACUCGUGACAUGCUUGAUGAACCAACAGCUAUUGUGGAUGGCUACAGUGCAUACUUCAGCUUCUCUCGGAAAAGGACUGGUUAUUCAGGUACAGCAAAUUUCUGCAAAGAUGCAGCAACACCAUUUCGUGCAGAGGAAGGGCUCAGUGAUGUGCUCAGCAGGCAUUUAGAAGAUACAGUUGGUUCUUAUGGAAACCAUGGAGAAUUUGAGACUGAAGAACUUCAUAGGUUGGAUGGUGAAGGACGUGCUGUUAUCACUCAGCAUGAAGUAGAACUAUUGGAUGGAAGCGUUAAGAAGUUAACCCUCAUCAAUGUGUACGUACCUAGAGCAGCAGAGCGUGAGGACCGCUGGUUGUUCAAGCUCCGCUUCUUGGCCCUCUUGCAGUCAAGAGCAGAGGCCUUACUUCGAAAUGGGAGCCAUGUAAUUGUUCUUGGUGAUAUCAACACUACACACAAAAGAAUUGACCACUGUGAUCCUACAACACAGGAGUUUUUGAGAGCUGACAGUCGCCAAUGGAUAAAUCAGUUUUUGAGACAGGCUGACCGCGACUCGGAACUUCCACCUUUGGAGAACAAGAUGACUUUCAAAGCAGUCACAACAGAGGUUGAUGGAGGACAUUUUGUGGAUGCAUUCCGGUUUUUCCAUCCAGACCAAACUGAGGCCUACACUAACUGGUCAACCACAACCUCUGCUAGGCAGACUAACUAUGGUAAACGGCUUGAUUAUAUAUAUGUAGAUGAAAGGCUAGCUUUGCACAUGGUGGACUGUUGUAUUAAGCCAGAAGUGGAAGGUUCAGAUCAUUGUCCAGUGGUGUUGGAGUUAAACUGUCACCCAAUAAAAUCUCGGAAGUGCCCAGCACUCUGCACGCGAUAUAUGCCACAAUUUCAGGGCCGACAGCAAAAGCUGCUUUCAUUUUUCUCUAAAGCUAAAUUUGAAAAGUCUGAUGCAGAAAGUCAGCAGAGGAGUAGCUACAGUCCUGACAACUUAAACAAACUCUUGAACCAAGUAGAGACUGGCCAUUGACAGACAAACAUAAAAUCAGUUGAUCAUGGCUCAUGCAGUGAGAAAAGGAUACCUGGGCAGUGUGGUGUAAUGAAUACAGGGGACUUGCAGCUUGAAAAAAAUUUCAAAUACACUGAUAGCAAUGCAGAUGUAUCAUCUCAGUCACCAGGACUACUGCUUAGUUCAGUGGUUAGCAGUCAGUCAUCUGGUAAAAGAAGUGAAGUCUUGACCAAGAAAAGAAACUUCGGAAAGGGAAAUCUGAAAAGGUCAAAUGAUUCCUCCUCACCAUCUUUUUCUGGCAAGAAAAAUAAAGGCAAUGACAAUGAUCCAACACUUGGUUCCAGGACUGCCACACAUAAGCAGGCGAGUCUGUUUAACUUUUUCUGUAAACCUGCAUCUUCCUCACAAUCAAAGCUUUCCAAAAGAAUUUACAGCAAUGAACAGGUGACAGGACAAGAUAAUGAGAAAGAAAAGCAAGCAGACAAAUUAGAAUCAUUGCAAAGCAGUGAAUUAGACGCACAAGAUAAUCCAACAUCCAGUGCUAAUUUUAGUGAUUCUGGAGCCUCUCUAAUUUCUCAAGAAUCUGCCAACAUGUCUUCUGAUGCACAGCCCAAGUAUGCACCAGAACUUGGGUUUGAAACAGAGAGUUCUGCACUUAACAACAGCACACCAGGCAGUCACACCACACCAAGUGAAGAUAAAAGUAGAAGUGUUGGUAACUUGUGGAGGGGUUUAUUGACAGGUCCCCCCAAACCCCCGCUGUGCAAGGGUCACCAGGAACCAUGUGUUCUGCGCACAGUCAAAAAACUUGGCCCCAACAAAGGGAAGCAAUUCUAUGUGUGCGCAAGACCUGAAGGACAUAGCUAUAACAAAGAAGCACGUUGUGAUUAUUUCCAGUGGAUAACACCUGCUGGCAAGAAAGCGAAGUUAAUGUAAGGAGGAAAUAAUUCAAUAAGUUGUGAAAAUACAGAAAAUAAAAUGGGUUUGGGUAGUAUUCUCACAAUUUAUGGGAGAUUCCAUGACUUGGAUAUUGUGUCUAUCCAGCAAACGCCAAUCAGGGAAGGAAAAAGGUGGUAGAAGGAUAAGGUUAAGCUCCACCUCCCACAAGCCGUAACCUUGACAUAGUAAAUUAUCAUCAUUCCAUUUUACAGUAUCGUUUCAGAAGAGCGUAAGCAAGUGAGAAAAGUUGUGGGACCAAAUUCUUUAAAAAGGUGGUGUUUUUUAGAUUGCCCUUUGCAGGGAAAUUUUGUAUCAGUAGAUAGCAGAAUCCCUUUGGCUUAUGCUUUUUAAAUCAGGCCAAGAAAGAAAGAAACAUGGGGGUGGCCUGUUAGCUUCUUAUAAUAUUUGGCAUGUAAGUGAGCAGUGCAGUUUCUGAAAUGAAACACUUGUUUUUGGAACAGUUUCCCCAUGUUCAUCAAUUGUGUAUUGUUUAGAUGACCAUUCAUGCACCAUUUGAUUAUUAGAAAUGUGUAUAAAUGAUAAAGUAAAUACUUUCUUUGAAAAGUGGUACUUUCAUAAAAUCUGUUUGGAAAAAAAACCUUAAGAAAAUCACUGUAGCCUAAGAAUGUUUAUUUUUUAUUGUCACGUAGAUCAGUAUUAUAACAAACUACAAUUCCAUACCUGAACAAACUAGAAAAUUCAGCUACAGUUAUAUUUUUAUCACUCUGCACUCAUUCUUCAAACUAAUUCUAUAUCAGAAGACUACACAGAUCAAACAUCUUAAAUAAUUGUAAUUACUGCAAAAAAACCAACAACUAAGCAACAAAUAUGCAUUGAAAAGAACUAUAUAUGAGACCCUCCAUGGAAACUGAGUCUUGUCGGAAGUUUGAGAUUUGCCAAAUUCCAUAUUUUUGAAAAGUAUAGAUUCUGAACUUUCUUUUGAUACACAAGUUUUUCUUCUAGUCCUAAAAUUGAGUGAGUUAUAAAGUGUGAAAGUACAGUGGCAACCAUUUCGAGAAAAGCUGCUUCUGAGAUUUUUGUCGAGAUGGCCGACCAGAUUUGUUUACUCCUAAAUUUUUGCAGACAAAUCUUUUGAUUGGUUAGCAUUUGAAUCGUUCUUUAAAGAAGUUGAACAUACAGACUCCGGGCUUUCUGGCAAGGUAUAUCACGAUGGGGUUCUGACAGGGAAACAGUAUCGAAACAGCUUUUGAAUUUCGUUAUUUUUCUGCAGUAAUUGGUACGAAUCGCAGUAAUGUAACUCAAUUAAAACGUAAGUCAAUUUCUAACUUUUAUUUUAACAUAGCAGUGUAUUUUCCUGAUAGUUUAAUAACCAAGGAAUCCAUCUUUACAGAAAAGCCAAACUGCACAAAAUUGACCCUUAUCACCUUUUGGGGCCUCUAGCACAAAACUGCUCUGUGCAACUUAAGACUCAUUUCAUCGUGGAGGGUCACAUAUAUAUAAAACUGCUUUUAUCCAUGCAUAUUUAUGUAAAGCUAUUUAAAGAGCACAGGUUACCUUUAUAAGCACAGAUACUUCAACAUCCUAAAUAUUGUUUGCAUAUACUUUUUUCAUAUAAAUCCUAUUAUAUAUUCAUAUUUGCAGUAGGGUAGCUGUAAUUUCACUGUCAGAAGUGCAAAUGAGUUUUGUGGCACACUUGUGAAAAGACAUGCAUGUGACAACACCUGUAGUGACUUCCUGACACCUCUUCACCCAAAUUUAAGUCCACAUCUUUUGCUAUAUAUUCUUGUGCUAGGAGACAAACUGACAGGGAAGUCAAAUGUGCACCAAUACAUUAAAACUGUGCAUUAAAAA